GAUAAUUCUAUUAUAGCCCGUUUAGUUUCAAGAUGAUGAUCAAAGGUAUUUGCGUUCUCAACGGUGAUGUCAAGGGUACAAUUUACUUUGAUCAAAAGUCGGAGACUUGCGCCGUGAAAAUCACAGGUGAAGUCACUGGUCUGACAAAGGGCUUGCACGGCUUUCACGUUCACGAGUUUGGCGAUAGUACAAAUGGCUGCACAUCCGCAGGACCACACUUCAAUCCACACAAUAAAGAACACGGAGCACGCACUGACGCUGAUCGUCAUUUGGGCGAUUUGGGCAACAUAUCCGCUUCCGGCGAUGGACCCACUGCGAUCGACAUUUGCGACUGCCAGAUAACGAUGUUUGGCAGGAACAGUAUUAUUGGACGCACUGUUGUAGUCCACGCCGAUCCCGAUGAUCUAGGCCAGGGUGGACACGAGCUGAGCAAGACAACUGGAAAUGCUGGAGCUCGCAUUGCUUGCGGCAUAAUUGGCAUUGCCAAAGUCUGAAUUGUUAAUUGUUAUCCUUGUUUCAAGAAUAUAAAUAAACGAAUAUAAAAAUCGCUAUUAUCUUUA